AUGGCGACCGAGGAUGUGAACGAAUCCCUUGCGGCGGCGGAAGUACCGGCCAUAGAGUCAAAGGAGAAGCAGCCUCACAAGCUCGAAAGAAAGUGGAGUUUCUGGUUCGAUAACCAAUCCAAGCCCAAGCAAGGCGCCGCCUGGGGAGCUUCCCUCCGUAAAUCCUGUACCUUCGACACUGUCGAAGAUUUCUGGGGGUGUGUCUUCUUCUCCUCCUUGGUUUCGUCACAUAGUUUGCACGAGAGUAUAUUCAUUCCCAGCAAAUUGACACCGAAUGCUGAUAUUCACUUGUUCAAAGCUGGCGUUGAGCCAAAGUGGGAAGAUCCAGAGUGUGCUAAUGGCGGAAAGUGGACUUAUGUUGUUACCAACAACAGGAAACAAGCUUUAGACAAGGCUUGGCUUGAAACUUUGAUGGCUUUGAUUGGAGAGCAAUUCGAAGAGGCAGAUGAGAUUUGUGGUGUUGUUGCUAGUGUGCGCCAAAAGCAAGACAAGCUCUCAUUGUGGACAAGGACUAAAUCAAAUGAAGCUGUUCUGAUGGGUAUUGGAAAGAAGUGGAAGGAGCUACUUGACGUCACCGACAAGAUAGCAUUCACUAACCAUGAUGAUUCUAGAAGAAGCCGUUUCACUGUCUGAAUAGAAGACGCAAGAGGAAGAUGAAAUAUGCCUUUUUCUUGCACAAUUUGGUCGGUUUACUGAAAUAGCUGAGACCUUUAGUGACAUUCACUUUGAGGUGCAACUCCACAAAAAAUAUGUUUCACUGAGAUGUUUUUAAUAUUAAGUUCAGCAGUUCGAUUAGUCAAUUUUAAAAGCAUUAUUUUUGAAAACCAUUUUUAUUAAACUAAUAUUUGUUUUAUGGAUGCUAUUUACGAUUUUAUUCGUAGGGGUGGGCACGGAGCAAGUACUUGCUAUUUUAGCUAUACUUGCUACCCAAUUUGCUCUGUCCAAG